AGUGCACAAAAAAAAAAAGGACAACAACAACAAUUGUAUCACAAACGAUAUAAUCAAAUUAUAAUAAAUUUAUACGCUUUUCCUUUUUGCUUUAUUGUUUUUUCGUGACAUAAGAAGACCUCAUAUGACAGAUAUCAGAACUAUAUUAGAAAAAAUUGAAUACGAAAAAGACGCGCUCAACGAUAUAUGGACAUUGCCCACGUCUACUCGAUUCUUUCGACAAGAGUAUGCAAUCAGCCAAACAAGGAAAAGAAUGCUUUAUUAGCACAAAUUGUACUCAAGUUAAGAGAAGCUAUCUUGAAAAGCUAUAUUAUUAUUGGCUUCCCUAAAACAAUCAAUACAUUGCAUGAAUUGGCACAAGUUACUCCAGAAGCAGUAAGAGAAUUAUUACCAAAAAAGCCUUUGAGAAAAGAAGACUCUUGGUCUGAUGUACAAAAUGAAAGAGAAAGAGGAAGAUCCUUGUUUGGGAUCAUUUAUGAUCGUCAUACAGAGAAAGUGAUAAAAAACAUGUAUACUUCACAUCCUGAUUUAGCACAGACUGCUCUUUACCAACUCUAUGGUCCUACAUUGGGAGAAACGUCUGUUCUUAAUGCCAAAGAGACUAGUUUGGUUACUGUAGCAGGUUUGAUGAUUCAGAAUGUACCAUUGCAGCUUGUGGGACAUGCUCAUGGUGCUCUUCAUAACGGUGCUUCUCAAAAAGAGGUUCAGCGAGUUCAAUCAAUUGUCUCCACUCUGGCCGAGUAUUACGAAUCUCCAAUGGCAAAAUUAUGAAUUGAGGCAGACAGUAUCCAUGUAGAUACUGUCGCGAAUUACGACUCAUGAUAGCAUAGAGGAUAGAACUUAGGCCCUUUGUAGCAAAAGAAAAAGAACAACUUCACAUGGUUACACGCUUUAAUAAACUCUCCUUUUAUUAACAUUAGAAUUCUAGGCAGGAAUGGUCAAUUUUAAA